AUGAGAAUAUUUGAUACUUGCCCGAGAUUGAAAAAACGGAACGAAACUUUAGAAGAGAGCAAAAUUUUGAGAAGAAAAUUGAUGAACAACUGCCAGAACAACAAAGAAGAUCAGAACAGCGCCGAUAAGAAAAGGAUAACCAUCGUUGGUGACGUUGGGGUUGGAAAAACAGCGAUUGUAAGGAGGUUUUCUAACAAUUUUUUUGAAAACAUCUAUGAGCCAACAAUAGGGGCUAAUUACACAAGCAAAGUGGUUUAUAAUAAUGGAAAAAACGUACGCCUGCAGAUAUGGGACUGUGCAGGAAAGGAAGUGUUCAAAACACUUGUAGAGACAUAUAAAGGCUGGUGGAGAUUAGAAACAAAACAAAAGGGGGGAUUGUGUUUCUUGUACAAAAUAAAUGCGACAAAAAAAGCAGCCCGUUUGUUUUACAUUUUAUGGUAUUAA